AUGCUAAAAAGUCAAUCCACACCGCCGAAGAAGCUCUCGACGGCGCAGCAGGCGCUGCUCAUGCUGCACAAGAUCCAUGCGCGGGGCACGUUCCUCGUCGUGAAUGUCUUGCUGCUGCUGAUGGUGCUGUACACGUCGUAUCGCUUUCCAGCGAAGUUUGUUCGCGUACAGGGCGAGUGCGACUCGAAUUGGCUACACGCAAAGGCUCCCGAGAACUCGACCUCUAUAUGCUGUACCAAUGAGUCGGGAGGCUAUGCAUCGGCCCCUUGUUACCCUGGCAUGGACCUCAUGCCCGUGAUGGGGUCUCUGAAAGGAGCCUGGGCGAUCCCAUUGUCAGUGUUGGUGCUCAACUAUGGAUCCAUGAUGCUGGGGCCGGACGCAAGUAUGCCGCGCGUUCGCGUGUACGUGCGUCGUGGACUGCUUUACGCUGUAGUGAUGGCACUGCGCACAGUGGUGCUAUACAUGGGAUUUGGUCAGGUGGAGAAGGGGCUGACACGCGCGGUCAUGGGCCGCUCGGACGAUUCUUGCUGGUACGCCAGUCUACGGCGCGGUAAGCGCUGCCCAGGCGGAUUCGACCACUCGGAUCAUAUCGUGCUGCUUGUGAGUCACUACAUGGCGAUCCCGCUAUUCGAGUGGUUUGCACUGAACGUCGAGAGUGCUGGGCCAAGUAUGAAACGGACGGUGCUACGCGCGUGGAUCAUCAUCAUUGGCGGACUGGCGGCGUACUUGCUGUUUUUCACGGCUUCGUACUUCCACACGCCUACGGAGAACCUCGUGGGACUCCUGAUUGCACAGGCGUUUGUCAUGUUGCCGCUGCUACUCGUGACUCAAGACUACUUUGCUGUCAAGUGGUUGCGACUCCGCAACUUUGUGCUUCCGGCCAACGACGAUCUCAAGCACAACUGA